AUGAGCUUUAUUACCCUCACCAGCUCCGAUGGGGUUGAUAUCUCCGUUGAGCGCACCAAUGCUGAGCGGUCCAUCCUAAUCAAGAACCUGCUUGAGGAUCUUGGUGAUCUCGGAGAGGCUAUUCCCAUCCCCAACGUUAACGAGGCCGUCCUAAAGAAGGUCAUCGAGUGGUGCGAACACCACAAGCACGACCCUCCCAGUGCCAGCGACGAUGACCAUAACCAUCGCAAGACCACUGAUAUUGAUGAUUGGGAUCAGAGAUUCAUGCAGGUGGACCAGGAGAUGCUUUUCGAGAUCAUCCUCGCCGCCAACUACUUGGAUAUCAAGGCCCUCCUUGACGUCGGCUGCAAGACAGUCGCCAACAUGAUCAAGGGAAAGUCCGCAGAGGAGAUCCGCAGGACCUUCAACAUCCAGAAUGACUUCACUCCUGAGGAAGAGGACCAGAUCCGUCGCGAGAACGAAUGGGCUGAGGAUCGCUAA